AUGGUCCGCCUCUGUGUCACUGGCCUAGCAUUGGCUAGUCUAAGUCUUGCUCAAGCACAAUCGAACACUUCGUUGGCUAAUGCUAUCUACAAAGAUGCUUCUCAAUCUGUUGAUGCUAGAGUUGAGAAUCUUUUGUCUCUGAUGACACUGGAGGAGAAAAUGGCACAGCUCAUGCAAGGCGACAUCUCCAACUGGCUCAACACAACCUCCGGAGCAUACAAUCAAACAGGCCUCGAAUUCAACUUUGCAAAUCGAUCUGGCAUGUUCUACGUUGGCUACCCAAUCAGCUGGGACUGGCUAGCCGAAGGCAUCAAAGUAGGCCAAGAUUAUGCCGUCAACAGCACUCGUCUUGGUAUCCCAGCAAUUGUCCAGACUGAGGGUAUUCAUGGCUUCUUGAUCGAGAACGCUACAAUUUUCAAUUCGCCAAUUGCUCAAGCUUGUUCGUUCAAUCGUGAAUUGCAGCGUCAGAUGGGCGAGCAGAUUGCACUUGAAGCCGCUGCUUUGGGGGUCACUCAGCUAUUUGCUCCUCUGGCUGACUUGGCACGCGAGUUGCGCUAUGGUCGUGUGGAAGAGACGUAUGGCGAGGAUGGCUAUUUGGCUGGCGAGAUGGCCUACAACUAUGUCGUUGGUUGUCAGGGACAGAACGUCUCGGCUAUGGUCAAGCACUUUGCUGCUUACUCUGAGCCGGAAGGAGGUCUCAACACUGCGCCUGUACAUGGUGGUGAGCGUGAGCUGCGAACGACUUGGCUGCCUUCUUUUCACAGAGCUAUUGUCGAUGGUGGUGCCUAUGCUAUCAUGUCUGCGUAUCACGCUUAUGAUGGUAUACCCGCUGUGGCGGAUUAUCACAUGUUGACCGAGAUUCUGCGAGAUGAAUGGGGAUACCCGUAUUUUGUGUCGAGUGAUGCUGGCGCUACGGAUCGCUUGUUCAAGAACUUUUUGACUUGUGGUGUCAAUGACUUUGGAUGUGUUACUGAGCAAUGCCUGACUGCUGGAAACGACGUUGAAAUGGGAGGCGGCUCUUUCAACUUCAGAUCCAUCCCUGACCUCGUUUCAAACAACACCCUCGACAUCAGCGUCGUCAACGAGGCUGUGGCACGAGUUCUGAGAACCAAGUUCCAGAUGGGUCUCUUCGAGAACCCCAACCCUGCUGCUCCCAAGGAGCAAUGGAACAGCAUCAUCAACAAUGCUGCUGCUAAGAAACUUGCCCGUGACCUGGACGCAGAGUCAAUCGUGCUUCUACAAAACCCCAACAAGACACUACCGCUCAGCAAGACUGACAAGAUUGCCGUUAUCGGUCCUAUGGCUUCUGGCUUCAUGAAUUAUGGCGAUUAUGUCGUUUAUGAAUCACAGUACAGGGGAGUGCAGUAUCUCGAGGGCAUUCGAAAUGCUGUUGGUCCUUCGGCAAAUGCAACUGUCACUUAUGCCCUAGGCUGUGAGAGAUGGUCGACUGAUGAGUCUGGUAUUCCUGAGGCUGUUGAGACUGCUAAGAAUGCAGAUGUAGCGGUCGUCAUUGUUGGUACUUGGUCCAGAGAUCAGAAGGAGCUGUGGGCUGGACUGAACGCUACUACUGGAGAACAUAUUGAUGAGAGCGAUCUUGGCCUUGUUGGCGCACAAAGAGCUCUUGUCAAAGCUGUCAUCGACACUGGCAAACCUACAGUUGUUGUCUUCUCCUCGGGCAAGCCUCUGACCGAAGAUUGGAUCUCCAACACCACAGCCAGUCUAGCCCAACAAUUUUAUCCUGGCGAGGAAGGUGGCAAUGCUCUAGCAGACAUCUUAUUCGGCAGCGUCAACCCAUCGGGUAAGCUAUCCGUCAGCUUCCCUCACGACAUCGGUACUCUACCUGCGUACUACGACUUCCUGAACAGUGGAAGACCCACAUACCCUGGUUUCGUUGGUGCAGAUGGAAACCUCUACUUUGGCUCCAGCUACAUUUUGAAUACACCCGUGCCUUGGUUCCCCUUUGGCUAUGGUCUCUCCUACACCACAUUCGACUAUGGCAAUGUAACGCUCUCCUCCUCGCAAGUCUCACCCACCGACAACAUCACCGCUACAAUCUCAGUCACCAACAAUGGCACUUUCGACGGCGCCGAAGUUGUACAACUGUAUGUCAAAGACCAAGUCGCCAGUGUCGCAGUACCCAACAUCCAACUCAAGGGCUUUGAAAAGGUGUUUAUCAAGGCUGGCGAGACGGCUACAGUCAGUAUCCCAUUGAACGUGGCUGAUAUUGGCUUGUGGAAUAAGAGUAUGAAGUAUGUGGUUGAGCCUGGCAACUUUACCAUUUUUGUUGGUAGCAGUUCGGCUGAUUUCCGUGCUAAUGCUACGUUGACGGUCGUGUAG